GCAGGUGACGCUGACGGCAACACUGUCGUCUGCGUUGUUUGAUGAUCUGUUCCGUUUUUCAUGGUGUAAAUAAAUGUAAUUUACAAUGUCUGGCGUGAGAAAUAAAGUAAGCAUCCUCGACCGACCAAUAACAAAGAUAAAGACUGACAUUCACAUAAGUUUAUUUGGAUUGCUAUUCUCGGAGAUCGUACAAUAUUGUCAAAACCGUGUAUACACCAUUCCUGAACUACAGACAAGGCUGUCUGAGUUGGGGUUUCACGUAGGUCAGAGAGUACUCGACCUCAUAUACGUACGAGAGAAAAACUACAAGCGUGAGACAAAGCUACUGCACGUUCUGCUCUUCAUCAAAUCUUCAGUCUGGAAGACUUUAUUCGGCAAAGAAGCUGACAAGUUGGAACAAGCUAACGACGACGACAAGACCUAUUACUUGAUUGAAAAGGAGCCGCUUGUCAGCAAGUUCAUCUCUGUACCUAAGGACCGAGGAAACCUCAACUGUGCCUCUUUUGUGGCAGGCAUCAUCGAAGCUGUCCUCUUAGGAUGCAACUUUCCAGCAAAAGUUACAGCACACUGGUACAAAGGUACAACAUUCAUGAUCAAGUUCGAAGACUCCGUGAUCGCCAGGGACAAGUCACUGGAAACACGAUAAGGGAAUGAAGGAGCAUGCACUGAAUGUCGGGUCUUCAUCCGUGUCGUGGCAAGAUAUGUAAGCAGGACAACCUUGCAUUCCUCCUGUAGUAUAAGUCCUAUGCUUACAAAUACAUACUCUUAAAGUGA